CAGUUAGACGUAGCUAACAUUUCAAUUAGAUGUAAAGUCAUUUACCGUCUGAGUUUGCUUGUUGGGCUGUUUAUUGUCACAGUUUGUUUCCCGCAGGACCGGCUCUCCAAAUGACGUCUCUGAUUUGCACAUUACAAGACCAUCGAGACGAUGUCAACUGGUGUGCCUUCUCUGGCAAACUGUUUGCCACAUGUUCUGGCGACAAAACUCUCCGGAUAUACAACACCUGUGACUUCUCGGAGCUGCCCUUUUCACCGCUGUCAGGACAUGGCUACGGCGUCCACUGCUGCUGCUUCAGCACCUGCGGACAGUUCCUCAUCUCGUGUUCGACCGAUGCAACCACAAUGGUUUGGUCCACGGUCACGGGUGAGAUCGAGGCCGUCCUGGAGCAUCCUGGGCGUAGUCCUGUGAGGAUCUGUGCGCUCUCUCCUGACUCUGCUCACCUGGUUUCUGGUGCAUCUGAUGGCACUUUGGCUCUGUGGGAUUUCCCCUCCAAACAGCUGCACAGGACUGGAGCAGUGUCUGACACGACAAUGGUAGCCUGCUCCUUCAGCCCCUGCAGUCAGGUGUUUAUGAGCGGCUCCAGCUAUGGGGACCUGCGUCUGUGGGACCUGGACAUGAACCAGCUCCUUGCAGAAAAAAAUGCCCACGACCUGGGAGUCACCUGCUGCAUCUUUGCUCCCAACAUCCUCAGUGGCCUUUAUUUGACAGGGCAGCUUAAGACAGGAAAGGGGAGAGAGAAGGGGAACGACAUGCAGCAAAGGACCGCAGGUGGUCAAGUCGUGCAGUUUCGUUUGGCGUCCUGUGGACAAGACAGUCACCUGAAGAUCUGGGCCAUUAACAAGUUCAGCUCAGGAGGAUAUAAGAUGCAGCUGCUGCACACAUUAACGGGCCAGUCGGCUCCGGUCCUCUCCUGCGCCUACUCCUCAGAUGGGCAGCUGCUUGUGUCUGGCUCUGUGGACAAAACUGUCACAGUCUAUGAUGCUAAUAAUGCAGUUUUGCUUUACACACUGAACCAGCACGAGAGGUACGUGACGGCAUGUUCCUUCUCUCCAACUUUACCUCUAAUUGCUACAGGAUCUAUGGAUAAGACUGUAAACAUCUGGAGGCUGGAGGACAGAUGCAAUGACCAUGGCGGGAAGUCGUUGCCUGAGCAGUCUGCGCCGACAUCAAGUGAAGGGAGAACCUCAGCAGGCCGAUCCAAGCUGCUGGUCAGCGAUUGGUCGGAGGGGGAUGUGUCAGCGUGGCUGGUGGACGAAAACCUCGAGGGAUUGGUGGACAAAUUCAGAGCCAACAACAUAGAUGGGACAGAGCUGCUCAGUCUCACCAAGGAAACACUGGCGUCAGAGCUGCACAUAGAGUCAGUAGGCCUGCGCAGUAAAAUCCUGAGAAAGGUGGAGGAGCUGAAGAGUGAUUCAGUAUGUUCAGGCAUUCCUGAUGAGUUCCUGUGUCCAAUCACCAGGGAGCUGAUGAGGGAACCAGUCAUUGCUGCCGAUGGAUACUCGUAUGAAAGAGAGGCCAUCGAUAGCUGGAUCAACCAAAAGAACCGCUCCAGCCCCAUGACCAACCUCCCCUUACUGACAACUCUGCUCACCCCUAAUCACACCCUGAAGAUGGCUAUUGGCCGCUGGAAGACCAGCCACUAGCACCUGAAAGACCUUUGACCCACCCACAUAUUUCCCCCAAAGUAGAAAGAAAUCACACUAUUUCAGGUACAGGUGCAUCUGGUUUUGUUCCAUUUGAGGCAUCUGGACACUGUGGGAGUUUCUUUGUUGUUUCUUUGUUGCAUUAAUUUAUGAAGCUGAGAUUUGGCAUCUUAAGCUACAAAGAGAGUGAAUAUUGGACUUACAUUCACCGUGUGGCCACAAACACAACUCCAAAUGAAUUAUCAUGUUGCUCUGUAACUGCUGGAUGUGUAAAUAAGCAACUGUAAGCCAACACGUUCACCAUAUCAACUUACAAGGUAAUAUGUUAAUGUGUUCACAGCUUGAUCUCAACAUGGAUCUCUUUGCAUUGCUAAAGGUUAGACAUUCUUCUUUUGGCUGAUAAUGGCCAGUUUUCUGGUUUGUUAAUAAUAAUAAAAAAGUGAGUUCUUCAUUAGUGCUGUACAGAAAACCACAUAACCAUAAAAAAAAUACAAAAUGUCAA